AUGGGUAGAGAAGACCUCUCUGCCUUUGGUGGUGGAAAUGAUCAAAGAUCAAAUGACGAUUACUUCACCAAGCCUCGCAUGAGAUGGGGCCACUGCAGUCAUGGCGGCGGCGGCAAUGAUGGAGGAGGAUGCGGCAGCGGAGGAGGAAGGAGGAUGAGGAAAGCCGGAGAAGUUGUGCAGGUCAAGAUGAAAAUUCCGAAGAUAAUGGUGGGGCUCUGUGGAAUUUGUGAAGAGAAAGAUAUGGCCAGAGAUGUCUUUGCCUUUGGUGGCGGAAAUGAAGAUCAAAUUAUGAGCAGCAUCAUGAAUGGUUCUGUUUCUGGAACCUUUAUGCUAUUAGCGAUGAUUGUUGUGUCCGUCUCAGUUAUCUCAAUGGUCGUAUUUGCUUGUGGCGAUAACUCCCCCAGGACUCGAAGAAGAUGGGGUGGCGGCGGCGUGGGGGGAGGCGGCGGCGGAUGCGGCGGAGGAGGCGGUGGAGGCGGAUGUGGUGGCGGAGGAGGAGGAGGAUGUUAA